AUGAGUUCAGAGAAGACACAUGGUGCCCAACCACAUUUACCACCCGGGCCGGGUAACUUAACGCCCGACAAUGAACAUGAAAACGAACCCCAGAAAAAAGUGAAUGGGGGCUUAAAUGCAUGGUUAAAUGUUCUUGCGGGCUUUUGUGUCUUUGUGAACUCAUGGGGCCUGCUGACGACAUAUGGCGCUUUCCAAGAGUAUUACCAAACAGAACUUCUACCAUAUGAGAGCCCAUCCACAAUCUCAUGGGUGGGCAGUAUCCAGGCCACUCUAAUCCCAAUGGUUGGACUUGCUACAGGGCCAUUAGUUGAUGUCGGAUACUUGCGUCCUUUAAUUAUAUCCGGAAGUUUCCUAACUGUAUUCGGAAUGAUGAUGACGAGUCUCGCCACUUCAUACUAUCAGGUAUUGCUCGCUCAAGGCUUUUGCGUCGGAAUGGGAGGCGGCAUUUCCUACAUCCCAGCUCUCGUCGUAAUCUCCACGAGUUUCACCACAAAACGCCCAAUCGCCAUUGGCUGCGCGUCCAUCGGGUCUAGCGUGGGGGCCGUCAUUUUCCCAGUCAUGUUCCGCCAACUGCAGCCCAAAGUCGGAUUUCCAUGGGCAGUUCGCAGCAUCGGCUUCAUCAGCCUAUUUCUCGCUAUUGUAUCAUGCCUAAUCUUGUGUCGGCAACCAGGCCAAAAGGCCCGUGCGAGAAGUCUUAUUGAUUGGAAAGCCUUCCGGGAGCCCUCGUUUAUGAUGUUCUCGCUCUCGCUCACGUGUGUCAUGCUCGCAUACUACGUGCCGAUUUUCUAUGUCGCCUCCUAUGCCCGCACGGUGGUGCAUACCACGACCGAUUUUAGCUUUUAUAUGGUUGCUAUUGUCAACGGUACGUCGGUGGUUGGUCGUGUCGUUCCAUAUCUGCUUGUUGCAUAUAUCAAGCCUAUCGGGAUCUUGAUAUUUGCUGUGACGGCGUCGGCGAUUGCCAUGUUCACUUGGAUUGCGGCUACCGAUAUGGCUGGGUUCAUUGUCUGGGCAUGCUACUGGGGAGCUCUCAGUGGUGUUUUGGUUACGGCACCGACUUCUAUUGUGGCACAUCCGGUUUUCUGUCCGGAUUCAAGCUUUUUAGGGACUCGUUUGGGCAUGAUGUGGGGGAUAUCGUCCUUCGGAGCGCUUGCUGGAACUCCAAUUGCAGGUGCUUUGGUAAACCUUGAUACCGCGGAGUUUUUGCGUGCUCAGGUAUUUGCGGGUUGUAUGAUGGUUGGCGCUGUCUUGUUACAGGUUUGGCCAACUUUCAGGGUGGUUCGGUAUGAUCUAAAGAAUCCUCGCAAGAAAUAA